GUCUUGCGGAGCGUUGUGCUGUUAGGCUGUUACAUGACCUGUGUUUCGAGGAGUGUGUAGAUGGAGGAAGGGCAAGUGUUAUAAUGUUACAUUGCAUGGAGCCUAAAGCAGAAGAAGACGCUCUUUCGCCGGAGCCUCAGCGUCGCUCCAUCUGCUCCAACUGCGACCGUCCCACGCGCGUCUGUCUCUGCCACGCGCUUCCCUUUCCUCCGAUUCAAACCGCCACUCGCAUCCUCAUCGUGCAACACCCUCACGAAGCUCGCCACAAGCUCUCCACCACCCCAAUCCUCAACAAGUCCCUCCUCCGCGCCUCCUCCGUCACCUCCCGCCGCCUCCGUCACGGCCUCUCCCCAAUCCUCGACCGCUCUCCCGCCGCCCUCUACCUCUUCCCCUCCUCCAGCUCCUCCACAACCCCCGCCCUCCACAUCUCCGCCGUGCGCCCCUCCGCCGACCUCGUCCUCAUCGCCUUCGACGCCACGUGGCAGCACGCUCGAGAGAUGGUGCGGGCCAGCGAGGAUUUCCUCUCCGGGUUCGCCACUAGGGUUUGUCUGGACGUGGAUGAGAGUGUUGGCGGCGGAAGCAUUUAUGACUCCGAAUUGAUUUUGAGGAAGGAGCCUUUCGCGGGGUGCGUUAGCACAAUGGAGGCUGUGGCUCGGGCCUUGCGCGUGCUCGAGCCCAAUGGGCCCGAGAUUGAAGAGAAGCUGGUUGGGGUUUUGAGGGAGAUGGUGAGGUUGCAGGCUGGGUUCUUGAAGCCCGUGAAGCCCAGGCCGAAGUUGUUGAAGAAGAAGACCGAGGAAAACGAAAAGAAGGAGGGUUCCUGAUCGAGGUUAAGACAUGAGAGGAGACUGCAGACCAUUUUUGACAUCGACUUCCUCAGAAAUGAAGUUAUUGCAUUUACUGAUAAUGUCAAACAAGUCUUGAAGGAAAGGAUAGUGGAGAAAAUUGAAUAGGUGAUAUAUAUGUAUGUGUGUGUGAAGAGAGGGAGGGAGAAAGAGUUAUAUAUAACUUGUAAUAAUGUAAGUUAAUUACUUUUGCUUGUUAAUGUUUUUCCAAGACAGUUAUACAUAAUUUUUUUGAGAGACAAAAAAAAUGAAAGAAAACAAUGAGGCACUGUAUAAGUCAAAAUCAACUUAGUCCUAAAAGCUCAUAUUCUCGCUACUAAUCUAUGGCAUGAGAUACCAGAUUCAGGAUUUGUAAAAAACGAAAAACAUGAUCAACUUCAUGAAGGAGCUGGGGAAUUGGUUUCUUAUGUAUAUUGCACCAGGUACACUCAUGAUGGAUGAUCUGUCAAAACCCACAUAUGUACCAUUCGUAAUAAGGUGAGGCUAAAGAGAUAAUUGAUAACAGAAAACUAGAUGAAGAUACCAUAGUUGUUCAAAGAUAGACCACUGGUGUCUGCCAUCAUAGAAGCGAUGUCCCUGAUGCCGCCUGCUUGUUACAAUGACUAGGCAGAUCAGCUGAUAAUUGAUAUUUAAAGCUCGGUUUCCAUGAAAGCUCCACAGAAAAGCCCAACAAACUACAGAAGAAUUCAAAUAUGCGCAUUGGGGUCAUCAGAGGAUGACUGGAUCUUUCGUUCCAGAGACAUUACCAUACUUGGAAUUAGCCGCCAAACUAUGGUAAUGGACUAAAAAUUGCCAGAGCCACCCAUUCCUAAAACACUUUACUCGUUCCCUUUUAGUGAAAAGUUGGAUCAUUCCUAACAUGAUCUUGGGUUGAGUUGCAUAUGGUUUGCAGAAAACCAUCAUAGUUUGGGUUUGGACGUGGCAUACGAAAUGGGUUGAGUUGGAUUCACUUGGAUGUGUUACCAAGGUGCGUGUAUGGCUUAGUCUUAGGAAGUUGUGAUGUCUGUUGAAUGACGUCUUUCUUGUGUGUUUUUAUAAUUGUUGUAGAGCAUACCGUAAUCCGAACCGAGAAGGGAAGUAUAAAUCUAAAUCAACAUCUGAAGGAAAGGAAUAAUGAAUACUUGAUACUUGUCGAAAAGGAGGUGCAGGUGCUUGUUUUGUGUCUCCAUUUUCCAAGUUUUGUAAAAA